UAUCACAUGACAGACAUACGACAGUAGACAUGACUAACAGGGAGAAACUGCUCUGUGUCAUAAGUGACAGAGUGUGACAGAGAGACGGGUGUGGGGGAGGGUAUUAUGUUUUGUGGGAGCGAAAAUGAUCUGAAGAUCACCUGAAGUUUGUUUUUAUUGUAAUUUUUGGUAAAAGAAAGUGAACAUACUGGAGGAGUGAAUAUAAAGUCGCCAAAAUAGGUCAAAUUAAAAUGAGCAAUCACCACAAUGGUGCCAGGACAGGAGAAACAGAGCAAAUGGCUCAACCACAGUGCCUGAAAGUGUUCGUACAAAGGGACUACAGUGAAGGGACGUUGGUUAAGUUUCAGACUAGAUUUCCACAAGAACUAGAGGGAAGGUUGGAGAGACAAGCAUUUGAAGCAACAGUCAAUAGACUGAAUGCAUAUUUUGCUGAAGCAGAAAAGGCUACAUGUUCCACAUAUUGUGAGGGCUGCUUAGCAUGUCUGACAGUUCACUUGAUCUAUAUUUGUAAGGAGACACAUUAUGACAAGUGUCUGAAAAAGGUGUCAAAGUUCAUAGCAGAGCAGAAUGAGCGGAUAUAUGAACCUCGGGGCUUAAAGCUGACAGAUCCCUAUGCCAGAGGUUUACGGGUGCUUGAGAUCAGUUGCCUUGAUCGUCCCCCUAAUGCAUGACUUACACUGUCUCACUCUACACAGGAAUUCUUUAUGUGAAGGUUGAAUGCUUGACUUUUCAAAUAUGCAGAUACAGAAUUAGGUAUUUGAAGUGAUAUUCGCAACAUGUCAGAUCUUGUAUAAUGUUUGGUAGAGGAUUCAUGCUCUUGAUAUUUUGCUUUUUCAAACUAUAUCCUAGGAUCUCUUAAAAUAUGCAACAGACUAAUGGGGUAUCCUGCGAAGAAAAUAAUAACAGAUGAUAGCUUCCAACUUGAAUGUCAACCUCACUUUCAAUAACAACCUACUUAUAACAGACUGAAAAGGAAGAUGCAGUCCCACUAGUGGGUGAAAGGAAAUGCGGAAAAGUAUAAGAAAUGGAUGACCUCUAUGUGACUUUGCUUAUUGGCAAUUCAACUCCUGCAUAUAUUAUAUGCAUUCGCCUCAUUAGAGCACUUAAUUACAAUUACUUAAUGAUUGGGGCUAAUUACAUGUGCGCAAUCUUGAACUAAAAUAAAUUAGAAAGUUUACAUAAACUAGAACGUCCAAGAUGCAGUGUGUCAAAGCUCUAUAAAGAUGUUUGUUGUUAUGAACAUCUCAAAGAUCCUUUUGUCAUUUUUGAUGAAUUCUAGCGAUGUUGUUCAUUGCAUUAAGACGCUACAUUAGCACUAACUAGAAGAUAAUUAUGGAUUGCAGUGGUGUCUCGGAGAGUAGUCUCACGAAUAAUAUUCACAAAAAGAAAUAAACGCCACUAACUUUGUAAAAUAAAUGUUUUAUUAUUACUUCACAUCUUACUUUCGUGUUCUAGGAAAAAAUAGAAACAACUUCAUUAUGUGUCGAAAGAUUAUUAAAAUAUGACAGCAGAAACCUGCAUAGAAAGCGGUACUUAGGUGAUCAGUUGCAGGAUUUUUUUAAAUAUUUUCUUAAAUUGUUGUUACUUUCAGUUCCUUACAUUUUAAAAAUGACUUUGAGAUAAAUAUUCUACAUCAAAUUGAAUUGAUUUUCAGAAUGUUUUUAUGUGUAAUGUUAUAAGUGGUUCUAUAUCAUGACCUCUUUAUCUGCUUAAUUCAAACCAAAAUUCAUCAGGGUAUAUUUUGUGUCUUUUAUCUUCUAGUUAGUGCUCACUUAGUUCUUAUUGCAAUGAAUAAUACUGUCAAGAAUGAAUAAAACGGGCAUAAGGAUCUUUGAGAUAAUAAAAAACAAGCUUUUUAAACUUUGUCACCCUAUACCUUGGAAACCAGACUUUUGAGGACACAUCUUUCAAUUAACUUUUCUCCUUAAAUACCAUGGCAUAUGGAAUUUGACCACUAGCCAAUUUUAAUGAAUGAAUAGUCCAGUUGUGCUGAUCAAAUGUUGCAAUGAGAGCAAAUGCUUCCUUUUAAGAUACAGGGUGUCAAAUAUAGGUGGCUUAACCCUUGUGAGGAAAUCGCGAUAUUGAAUAAUUUAUAUCGCAAAAGAUACUAAAAUUACAUAAAAAUAUGGGUGCGAACAACCCCAGAGUCUCAAAGCAGGGAUAGAUGAAAGGAGGAAAAUUGCGAUCAUGAAUAAUAAUUCGCAAAAGUACGUACUGUCAAUAGAUGAAAAUCGGCCGUAUUAAGCCCCUAACCACCCCAAAAUUUGAAGGUCUUCUAAAAAAAUGUUGUCAUGGAUUAUUUCUAUCAGAAAUUGACAGUGUUCUUAUGAAAGUAGCUUGGGAUAUCAAAGAGUUAGUCUUCAUAAAACGGUACAGGCAGGCGUACCCACAGUGGUAAAACACGAUUGCUUUGUUGUAUCUCAAAUAGAAAGCAUUUCUGGGGCUUGUUGCCAUUGAAACAUUUAAUCAGCACCUGCCACGUAUACACUUGGAACUUUGUUCAGGAAAGGGUCCUUCUAAUAACGGCCUGUUAUUUAGUAACAUCCUAUAUAUUAAAAUAGAAAAAAUGUUAUCUGGGUGUCACAAUAUAACGUAUUGUUAUCUAUCUACUUAUCAGUAUUUUUAAUUUAAUUUUGAGUGCCUCACAGGUGUUGAGAACAAUUUAGCAUGGCGUCUUAAAUAUUGAUAAAAGUGUAUCUACUUACUGUUUGCUGAUGAUUUUUCAUGUUUCAUAAUGUUAGUCCAUCAAACUCGUCCUUUCUAUACAUCUUUCAGUAUUCCAAUGUUUUAUUUGAAAAGAUUAAACUUUUUGAAGUGAAACCACGAAAGCGUUAUUCCACAAGCAAAUCAUAGCAUAUUUUUCUAUUCCAUUUUAUUGUCGAUACUAUUUGUAGAUGACUAUCCAUAUUUGAAUAAGUAGAAAUUAUCUUUGGUUGUCUUUAUUGUCGACAUUCUAUCCAAAUGCUGAAUUCUCUCCAAACAUGCAUUUUAUCAGGAAUCAAAAAUUACGGAAACAUACCCGUCAUUGGAUCGCUCAUCACUAUUUUGCGUUUAAAAACUGUUAUAUUAUGUAUACCCUAGUAUUCCUCUAGACCGUCAUAUAAACGCGACUGUGCAUCUGCCAGUGGAGUUUUGUUUCGGUUACUCUGUAAAAUAGGGUUUGUAAUAUUUAAUAACACUUAACGAACUCUUAGACUAAACCUCUAGCAUAUGUAUGGGUACUAUUGGGACCUUUUCAUAUCCAUUUGUACUAGAGAAAACAAAACGUUUUUUAUUUAUAAUUAUGUAGAAUGAUUAGGGAUGCAAACAUCAUAAAGGUAAAUAUAGAUAUAUCAAUACAUCUUGUAUGAAAACCUCUCCCAGUAAACAUGAAUGCAUAGAAACAUUGUUGUUUUUUUUUAAUCUGUUAAAGAAAUGAGCAUAGGCGGAACUCGCAAGGUGGGCUUUGAAGCCCAAACUGACAUUUCUGAUUAACAACUAUUCUUUAUAUAUAAAGAUCUUAACCAAAAGCAGUAUCUCGCUUUUUGAUAUCAAACUGUCAAUGUCAGUAGUGAUCUAUAGUUCUGUAAAUCCUAUCAUUUGUACUUCAGUCGAAGAUAUGUCCCUUGUUUCCUGGGACUAACCAAUCAAGAAAGAGCUGGCUGGUUUCAUAAUCCAGCUAAAUAAUACACACCAUUUAAUUACUACAACUUUACCGACUACUAGUUAUCUAUUUUUGAUGUUUUGAACUAUUUCUUCCUAUUGAUGCUACAACAUAUUUCAAAUAGAUGGCGGUUACUUCAAAAACAUUUAUGUAAGGUAAGACUUCGUAUAAAAGGACAUUGACCUAUUGUUUGCAUCCCUAUGAAUGAUAGGCAUAUGUAAUAACUUUAAUUUAUAUUUACUUACAUGUUUUUAACAAUCCUCAAGUUCUGCUUUCUGCAUAAUGAUGAUCAGAAUGGAUAUAUGUAUCAAAUAUUCAUGCAUCAUUUGGGUACAUUGGAUAUAGUGAAUCUAUUAUGUUUAAAACAUUAUAGAAAUAUAUAAUCUCAAAUUGAUAAGGCAUCGUAAAAAAGCAGAUAAUUUUUUAUAAUUCCUACUCUUACUUUUUCUUUAGAAAAUCCAUUAUAAUAUGCUUAGCUGUGUAACCCUCACAUCAGUAUCCUUUCAUUUGCUGUUAUUUUGAAAAAAGUCUUCCUAUUUAUGUUGACUGUUUCAUUCUUUAAUAGUUUUGUAAAGUAGGUAUUGAUAGAAUUGUAAAUCUUGUGUUCUUCAAAUAUAAAUAUAUGUAUUUUCUAAAUAUAGCAAAGCAUGUAUGUGACGGAAAUGUUGACUCGGAUCAGUGUUUAUUAAAAGAUGCAAUUGAUAUUCCAAAAUGGAUGUAGAUAUAAAAUAAUAUAUUCAUAAUAAAAUUGUUUAUAAAUCU